AUGGGUUCUUUCUCUCAUCAAUCUUUCUCUCAAUCUUCACCCGUUCUUGCCAUGGCGCCGCAACUUCCACCGCAACAUUCUUUUAAUCGACCGACUUUUACAUCACCCUUCGUAAAAGCUCCCAUGUCAUCACCAUCUGCAGGUUCUUGGCUCACUCCAACUUCGGCACCUCAAUCAGCUGCAGGUCGUAAACGCUCACGCGACGAGGCUGCGCUUGAAGACGAAGAAUACUUUUCACAAGCACCUGUUGAGUCAAUAGUUGUCGAAGAUGAAGAAGAAUGGGAAUAUGGGCCAGGCAUGACGCUCAUUAAACCGAGUAAUCGUUACAACUUAACGGCAGAGAGUCAAACUGGUACCUGGAAAGAAGAGAAAGAAGCUGAAGAAAAAGCAAAAGCAGCAUUGCGCGCGGCCAGUCCAGAUAGACCGAUCCUGCGUUCGGCAAAGAGUCAAAGAAUUGAUAGAGGUCCCGCAUCAUCAAUGGUCGAAGAGACAAAUGUCGCAAAUAGUGUUCUCUCAGCUCCUCUUCAGACAGGAAGUACUGGCCCUAUCCAGCCGUCCAUUGACGAAUACACCAGGCAUUUGGGAAUCGGCUGGUCAAAGUUAAGCACCGAUGAAGAUAUUCAAGCUGCGGUUCGUGGCUGGACCAAAUAUAUUGAGAACCACUAUCCUGUCAACAAUGCUAUCAUUCGAUUGCAAAGUAGAGGGUUGGCCAGCUAUCUCGUUGAAGCGCAAGAAGGUUACUUUUUAUUUGGAGAUGAUCUCAAACAAGGUAGACUUGUGAGCACCAGCUUGGAAAAGACUUUUGAAAAUCUUCGAGGACCAGUUCCAAUAUUUGAAGGAGAUAUGGUACUUGAGGCUAGCGAAACACCCAAGGCUAGCAGUCCAGUUAUGAAUGCUAUGACAAAUGAACACGUUGAAGAAAUGAUGAUGGGUGGAAUUCCUACGACCAGUCUCCCUAACCAUGCUGUGGAGGUUGAGAUGGAUAUGAGUUAA